AGUACCUACAUAAUACGGAGAAGGAUUCAAUUCUUCUACAGUGAACUACGACUCUUACCACGCACAAUGGCGGAUUCCUCGCAGCUCACCAAGUCCGGAAUAGCGACAGACGCCACAACCGGCGAACGAUUCAUCCCCUCCUCCGUCCGCGCAGAUGGCACCAGACGCCGCGAAAUCCGAGUCCGACCGGGCUAUAAACCCCCCGAGGACGUCGAAUUAUAUAGGAACAAGGCCGCCUUGGCAUGGAAGAACCGUGGUCAGGGUGGAGUGCCGGGUGCUGAGGGAGUGAAGAACGACACCCUCGACUCCAGUGCUAAAAGCGAAAGCAAUACGAAUCUUACGAGUGCUGCAAGCAACAAGAACGCGAAACGCAGAGAGGCGAAGAAGAAGGCCAAGGCUACGGAAGGUGAAUCUGGUGGUGAUGGUAGGAGGAACAUCGCUGAGAUCGACAACUGGCGCUCUUUCGCUGCGGGCAAUGGCGGUGACAAGAAAAAGACUGAGGAUGGUGCUCAGAAGACCGCUGAAAAGACCACUGAGAAGACCACUGAAGAAGCACCUGUGGACCUAGAAGCCGAGAACGAGAAAAAGGCACGGAAUCUGAAGAAGAAAUUGAGACAGGCACGCGAUCUGCGGGAGAAGAAGCAGCAAGGCGAAUCCUUGCUUCCGGAGCAGUUGGAUAAAAUCAUCAAGAUCAACGAACUAGUGCGUCAGCUGGAUUCGCUUGGUCUCGACUCGAAUGGUGAUAAGAAGGGCUCGGAUGGAGAAGGAGAAAAGAAGGAGAAGGAGAGUGCUUAAAGAUGGGGCAUGGUUUCUGCUCAUCCGAGCGUUGACAACUACGAAAACGAACCACAUCUCGCCCAGGACUCUUGCCUCUUCCUCGCGCCACUAUAACACGGUCGACUCCGUGUGGAAUGGGCCAUACUUGUUCAGCACCAAGAUUGUGCUAGCAUAUGUCCGUUCUGUGCGUGCGAAACAUACAUGGACUCGUCCAUUGCUCUCUGGCAAGGCGGAUCUUGGAACAUCCAUCUCAUACGUAUCAGAUGCGAUCUGAAGUGAUGUGAAAUGAACAAUAACAUCUACACUUGCAGGCGUGCUUCUAAGCAGUCAUGCAAAAGAUAUCUACCACGAGUCCAGGAUAGUUCACGAAAUUCAUCUUUUGGCUAUGAUAGCCAUCGCACUUUUGCAUCGUAUCUAACUAUGUACACUUAUUAUACAAUCAUUGUUCAUCAUCUUUUUUUUUUUUUUUUUUUUUUUUUUU